UGAUAACAGAUAUUUUGGAUUGUUCUCAUCACAGAAUCUCGCUGAAAAAAACAAGAGAAAACAAGAAAAUGGUGGAUUCAAAUUUCAUUGUGAUCGUUUUAGUAUUUUUAGCAUGCAGUAAUGCUCGAAAGAUAGAUAAACGCUUCUUAAAUAAUCCUUUCUACAGUCCUUUACCUCCUCCACCCCCCGGACCACCAGGUAUGGAUGGCCCUCCAGGGUUUGCUGGACCACCUGGGCCCGAUGGUCCCAAAGGUCCACAAGGUGUACAAGGACCCCCAGGACUCCCAGGACCACCAGGUCCCCCAGGAAUGCCUUAUUUACCGGUUGGACGUCGAGAUUCACUGCCAAAAGAAACCUCACCUCCUUCCCCACCACCAAUUUAUGGUCCACCAGGUCCUCCUGGCAAGCCUGGACCACCUGGACCUCCUGGACCACGAGGAAGAAAAGGGACACGUGGUGGAGCUGGUCAUGCAGGUCUUCCAGAUGCACGUAGUGCUAUUCCUAGUCCUUGUGGUGGUGGAUGUCCAGGAAUCUGUGCACCAGUUUGUUCUCACACGUGUUGCAGUCAUCCUCCACCUCCAUCUUAUCCCCCACCACCUCCUCCACUUCCACCUCCACCACCAGGACCACCUGGCAUGGAUGGACCUAUGGGUAUGCCUGGACCAAUGGGACCAGACGGACCCAAAGGACCUUUGGGUCAUCCUGGACCUCCUGGACCACCCGGAGCUCCAGGGCAGCCAGGUGCCCCAGCAGGACCACCUGGACGUGAUGGACCACCUGGAGUACCAGGUUCACCUGGCCAUCAAGGACCUCCUGGUGAUCCAGGUGUGAUGGGACCAAUUGGACCACCAGGACCACCAGGAAAUCCUGCUCCACCAGGACCCCCACCUCCAUGUCCUCCAGUAUGCGCUCAUACUUGCAUUCGUGCUUGUCCAGCCCCGUGCUGUCAUGGUCGUUAGAAUAUAUUAAAUGUAAACAUAAAACAUUGAACAAUUUGUUUUGUAAGAAAAAUCAUGUUAAAUAAUUUUAACGUAAAUUCACGUUAAAUAACAGUUAUUGGUUUUUCACUUUUCUGACGAUAACAUUUCGAAUUAACCAAAAUAUAUAAUCAUUCUUACAAAGAUAAA